CUCUCUCUCUCUCUCUCUCUCUCUCUCUCUCUACGACCUUGUUUCCCAAGUCUGUUUCUUGUUUUCUUUAACAUCACUCUAGAGUUAUGGCGAACGUCAAGUUCAUCUUUGCCUUUGUGCUUCUCCUUGCCUUUGCAUUCUCUCAUGCAGUUAACUCGGUUGAGGGAAGGCAUUUAAAGAUUGGGAUGACAAAGGUGUCCAACAAGAAACCUAUAACUCCUACAGAGAAGAUUGAAACUUCAUCAACAAAAGUUGGUGAAAACAUUAGUAGCUUGCGUGGUGUAUCAAAAGAGUUUAAGCCAGCAGCAGCUCUUGUUCAUAUGGAAGCCACUGAAGAUGCUAACCCUGCAGUUCCAUUGAUCAACUCACCAUCACCUCCACCUCCACCUGGUCAGACAGAAGGCUUCCGGCCAACAGCCCCCGGUCACAGUCCAGGCAUUGGCCAUUCCCACUAGUGGAUUUGUAUUAGUUAUUACAGUUUCUCAGUAUCGAUCAACUCCUGUUUUUUUUCCUCUUAUUCCAUGCAGCUUUGUUCUGUAAUAUAG